CGAUGCAAAAACUUCAAAUAUGGUUUCAUUUUAGCCCUAAUCAGAUUUUACCAAUUUCCUUCAUCCAAAAUGAUUGAUAAAUAAUGAUGUUUACGUUUACUUCAAAAUACAAUACACAAUGCAAUUAUGUUAAAUAUUGGAGAGCAUUUUGCACUAAUUCUAUUUUGUUCUUUAAAAAUGUGCAAGUGUUUCAUUGCUAUAUCCUGUCCUAACUAAUGCUCACCAAAGCUUAAGAUGUUAUAUUAUCAUCUGUUCCAACAAAAAUGCUAUGGCCUUUAGAACUAUUUUCAUGAAGACACUAAUUGUACUGUUUCAAAUGAGAACAUUUUUGAGGUAAUUGUGUUUUAUGCUGGAACAUUUCUCACUUUUUAUAUUAGAUUUGAAUCUAGCAGUUUUGCUUUUUGUCAAUGUACCAAAAAACUUACUUGGAAUAUUUUUGCAUUGAUUUCCAAUGAGUAUUAAAAUAGUUUUAUAUCACCUGUAAAGCUGCUAUUUCAGAGAUUAGUUUUUUGCAUUGCAGCGACGAUAUGAUCUCCCAUAUUUGUGCAAAAAGAGUCUCUCCGCUUCCACUUCGCAUUAUUUUGAGUUUGAUUACUGAUUGGCACCCAGCAUUGAUAGUGAGCCACAGAAGUGAAAAGCACUGGAACGGUGAGACUCCUGUAACUUUUCAAUGACCUCUCCAUCACAAAGACGGUGCCCAUCAAUUGUCUACUGGCUUUAUUCGCCUCUUUUUGUGCCUGGGGUCGUUUUGUAUGUCCUAUUUGUUUACAAGUCAGAAUCCCAGGCUUGAGUUUGAUUUACUAUGGUUGAAUAUUAAUCCUGCAGAUGGAUUAGAUAACUAUAGAAAUCUGAAUUUAAAUGUUUAAUAUAUUAAUAUAUGUAUCUAUAUAAAUAUAUUUAUACCUUGGGACUUCUAAAGUGACAACAAAGUAAACCUACAGAAACAUUAGCAUGAACUGUUACAUGUUGAUAUUAUUUUCAGUUCAAUGUAUAUGCAUUAUAAUGGGGUUUGUAUGAACCUUUUUCGUUUCUAAUUGUGAUAUUUUGCGAAGUUUGAGAAAUUUGCUGUUAGGUGUAUACGGCUCCUUACGCGUUAAUAGGCUUACUUCGUCUCGAUUGGCCAAUCCGGUCACAUGGGUGCCCCAACUUUAUUCAGUUGACAGCAAGUAGGAGGGCUUUAUGGAGGGAGGAAAAAAAGACAACUCGAGAAAAAAUAGUAUUUUCUACCUUCAGAAAUUAAUGGCCAUGAGUUCGUACAUGGUAAACUCCAAGUAUGUGGAUCCAAAAUUUCCUCCUUGUGAGGAAUAUUCUCAAAACAGUUAUAUACCUGAUCAGGGCACGGGCUAUUAUAGUCCAUCGCAGGACACUGAUUUUCAGCAUCCAGGGAUCUACUCACGGUCAAACUACUCGGAGCAACCCUACAGUUGUAACACUGUGCAGGGCUCAACGGUCCAGCAACGGGGUCAUGUACAGGAGCAAGCCAGCCACCCAAACUCUUUUCCCGCACAGACCGAACAGUGUUCCCCGGUCCAAAUAUCCGGGCCGAGGACUUGUGGUCAACAGCACAACACAAAGAACCAGAACGGGAUACAAAGCAAGCAACCUGCAAUAGUUUAUCCUUGGAUGAAGAAAGUCCACGUGAAUACGGUGAACCCAGAUUACACAGGAGCAGAACCCAAGCGCUCCCGGACAGCCUACACGAGACAGCAGGUUUUAGAACUGGAAAAGGAAUUUCAUUUUAACAGGUAUCUGACAAGACGGCGCCGCAUCGAAAUCGCGCACACCCUGUGUCUUUCUGAACGACAGAUUAAAAUCUGGUUUCAAAAUCGGAGAAUGAAAUGGAAAAAAGACCACAAACUACCCAAUACGAAGGGAAGAUCGACGUCGACUGCGAACCAGCAUGCAAAACACGUUCAUAAGGACAACCAGACAGAUAUUACAACUUUAUAAGUGGAAACACCGAACUCUCUUCAGAAGUACAGAUGAACUGUGUAUAAUAUACAAAGGGGUUGAUUGCCUUUGCAUGGUCUUAAAACGUGACUUUUUUGACACCAGUGCUAUUUAAUGCGAACCAGAAGCACACAACCAUUAACAAACAGUGUGAGUGGAUGCGAUGAGAGGACUGAAUGCUGAAAUAUCCAUUUCCACAUUGCACGUAUUAAGAGGAUAGGAGGGCAUCACAACAUUUUCACAUGCUGAGGUAUAGUAGAUAAUAAAGCUUGCCGAAUUUAUAUAAAAGCACGGAGUUUUCGUUAAACUGUCCUUUAUUAUAUGUUUUGUGUAGGAAACAUUAUUUUCUUUCCAAAUACAAUACGGCAGGUUUCCACUUGGACCUGUAUAUUUGUUAAAUUAUUUCAUUAGGGAUAAACAGAUUUAUCACUAAAACCUGUUAUGUUGUUAAAUGACUUCAUUACUUCAUGAUCUUAGGCUACACUGAGAAAUUAUGUUUAAAAAUCACAAAUGUUUUAGCCAGUUUUUAUUUCCUAAUUAUGCCUGAAAAAAAUACAACAUUUCGCUAAAAACGGUGCACGAACAUAUUCAUGUUUACGUAAGAGCAUUUUAGAAAUUAAAAUUUAGGAAUUGCCCUAAAACGUCGAAAAUGCAAAGUUUUACAUUAAUAGGAAUGCUGUGCAAAACUCGCUUAAUAAUUUGUUCUUGACAUUUUGGAAAAAAAUCAGCAAGUGUGACUUUAAACUCUGUUUUAUUUAAAGGAAAUAAUAUCCCACUGUGUUGACUAUACUUUUGGAUGCCUUUACAGCUAUAAAUCUCAUUUGACAGUUUUGUAAACAGUGUACAAUUAAAGAAGCUGUAUAUCUGUCUUCCAGAUGUCAUCUGAAAUUCCUAAAUAAUAGUUCCUUAUUUCACUUUUGCAUUCUAGAUCAACUUUUAGAUCAGGAGUACUUUAUUUAUUACAUUACAGAAUGAGAAUGCUGAAAAUGUUUUGUUUAUAUUCUACGUACAUUUUAGUGAUUGUUCCUUAAAUCUAUUUUUUUCGUUUACAAAAAGUUCGUUAUUUUUAUUCUAUAUAUUUCUGUAUUUUGUGCAUAUUUUGUACAGCACAUUUUCUAGUAAAUGAGUCAUAGAGAUCAUUACGAAAAGGUUUAUUCACAAACCACUUCGCAAACUCUGUUGAAAAAAUAAAUGCUGAGUACUGUUUAAAAAAGGGAAAUAAUUGCUUCCAUUUUUACAAUUGAUUAAAAGAUAUUUUUGGCAUAAAGAAUGGGGUCUGCUCUGAAAUGUGAGUUGGGUUAUUCACGCCGUGAUUAAAGAUCGAAUGUUCUACUGUCA